AUGUCGUCCGCAAAAUAUUUACAAGAAUUGUCAAGUGACUUACUUGGGCUAUUGGAAAAAUCAGAGGAUUACAAUGUUGUAAUACGCGCUGGUGGUAUGUCAAAUUAUAAAGAAUUCAAGGCCCAUUCCAUACUCUUGCGUGCUCGUUCCGGCUAUUUUAGAUCCGCGUUGAUCAGUGAGUCGACGCGAAAAUAUGAAGAUCCUAUUGUGUUCAAAAAACCAAACAUACCUUCGGAAAUCUUCGAGGUCAUAUUAAGGUACAUGUAUAGUGGCAUCGUUGAAUUGGAAAAACUUGAUGGUGCCGACUUAUUACGAUUGAUGCUUGCGAGCGAAGAACUUCAGCUUCCAAGCCUAAUCAUAUACGCUCAGGAUCACUUGAUCAGACAUCAACAAGAAUGGAUAAAGCAAACCCUGGUGCCAAUCCUCCACAUUGUGUGUCACCACGGAGCAUUCGAAAAACUUCGUGACUACACAUUGAAAUUCGUGUGCUCUCAUCCACAAGACAUAUUUGAAUCCAAGGAUUUUGCAAGCUUGGAAGAAUCCAUAUUACUCUAUCUCCUGAAGCGCGACGACUUGCUCUGGGAUGAAAUAAAGAUCUGGGAGCAUGUGAUAAGAUGGGGAAUUGCUAACACCAUGCAAAUAAAGUUACACGAAGAUGUGAAGAGAUGGUCCAAUCAGGAUUUUGAAGCUUUAGAAUUCACGCUCCGUCGAUGCAUCCCGUUGAUUCGCUUCGUCAACAUUACUUCCGGUGACUUUUUUCACAAAGUGAGAAAUCCUUACCGAAAAUUAUUGCCCGUCGAACUGGAGGAACAAAUACUUCAAUAUCAUUUGGAUCCCGAUAGCAGGAUGCAUAAUGUGCUUCUGCCCAGGAACAUCACUUCGGAACCUAUUGAAUCAACUAUAAUUGACAGUCGUCAUGCAACAUUGAUAUCAAACUGGAUUGAUAGAAUGGAUGGAAAAUUAGACUUUCAAAGGAAGAACCCCUACAAGUUUAAGCUGUUGAUAAGAGGGAGCAGAGAUGGAUUCUCGGCUGAAGCGUUCCAUAGUAGGUGCGAUUAUACAGUUCGGACGUUGGUCGUGGUGAAAGUCAGAGGAAUAAAUGAAGUUUUGGGUGGAUAUAAUCCAAUUCAAUGGAAUUGUUCGGAGGACAUGGCUCGUGGGGGUCACGGAAACGAGAUAAAGGGUCGAUCUUUUAACAAAUUUGGAUGCACUCAAGACAGUUUCAUAUUUUCUUUUAACGAUUCACGUAACCCCACAACAGCACGACUCUCCCGAAUUGAUGAGCACCUUACGGACGAGGCCAUCUAUUUCUCCAAUAGCUUCGGUCCAUGUUUUGGCCAAAGUGAUUUACACAUGGUAGACAGUUGUUGGAAUUGUAAAAAGGUUUCCUAUAAAAAUGAGAUAUUACAAGAACAUUCAAAUUUUGUGGCUGAAGAAUAUGAAGUGUUCCAAAUUUUGGGAAAUGAUAAUUCUAAAGAACGAAAGACAAGAGCCAUGGUGGAGGAACGAUCACUGUUUAUUCACUCAUUUGAUGGAUACAUUAGUUGA